AUGGUUAAAAAUGUUUAUAUAUACUUUGUUUAUUUAGUCUAUUUGUUUCAUAUGUUUUCUUUAUCAUUAAGAAUGCAAAAAAAUAUAUUUAAAUAUAUCACACCUCUUUCAAAUAGGUUCAAUUUAACAAAAAUAAGAAAACUAAAGUUAUUCAGAAAAGAAAAGCAAAAAAAACAAGUGCGCGUUUUUAAUCAUGUUGUAAAUAAUUAUAUUGGGCUUGAUUUAUUCUUUACAAAACUUAACAAUAUUACCAGCAAUCAUGAAAAACUGAACUACAUAAAUUUCCUUCAACAAAUUGUAGAGGAUAAGGCAUAUGAACACCUACUAUUUAGUAAUAAUUAUAUGAGAAUAAUAAUAUAUAUAUUGAAUGAGAAAUGUUUAGUAAUUAAAAAGAAUGAAGAAAAAUAUGAUGAUUUAGAUUAUGAAAUAAUAUAUAGGAUUUUAUUAAUAUUUAAAAAUUUAACAAGAUAUAAAAGCUUUUAUCAUGUAAUAUUAAAUGAUUAUACACACAAAAAUAAGAAAAUAUCUUUAUUGUAUACCCUUAUGAAUAUAUUAAAUGAAAAGAACGAUUUUAAUAAUUAUAGCAAUAACAACUUUGAGAAAUAUAAAGAAUACAAUUCAAUAUUUAACUAUUUUACUUCCUUCUUUAAAAAUGCAGAGGAUACAAAAAAUUAUAUGACGCAAGACAGCUCAACUGAAUUAGAUUCGAAAAUGAAAAAUGAGGAGCAACAAGAAAAUGAGAAAAAAAAUGAAAUAAAUAAAAUGAAAAAUAAGAUAUAUGAUAUAGGCAGAAAUAUUUUAUUAAAAUUAAAAGACGAAAAAUUAAAAGUAGAAAAUAAAAUAAAUUCACAAUAUGUUAGAGGAUCUAAUCAUUUUACUAAUGAAACAUCAACAGAUCUUACAUCGACGAAGAAUCAAGAGGAUAUAUCAUUAGAAGAAAAAAAAAAAAGUGAUGAUGAAUAUGUGGAUAAAGAUAAUUACAAUACACCAGAAAAUAAUUUUAAACAUAAACAUAUGAACAUUACAGAUAAAAAUGAAAACAAUCGGGAUCAUUUAUAUGAUGAUACCACACAAAAUGACAAUAUAAGUAAUGUGGAUGAUAAAAAAUAUAUAAAUGGUAUAGGAAAAACAAGAAAUGUAGUAAUAGAUCAAUAUAAUAAAGAAAAUGACAUUACAAAAAAUGACACAAAAGAGUUAUUUUUAAAAAAACAAUCAGAUAUAUUGUUUGUUCCAUUUUAUUUUAACAAAAACACAAAAGAUAAUAUUCUAACAAGUAUCAUAAUUAACUUUCUAAAUAAGAAAAAUAUAAUCGUGAGUAAGAAAAAAAUUAAAAAUGUGAAAGGAAAAGGAAAUAUCCUUGAUCAUAUAGGAGCGGAUUAUAAUUGUAACAAUUAUUUUGAUAUAUAUGAAAAUUUUGUAGAGGAUGAUAAGGAUAUUUUAAAAUAUGAAAAAAAUAAUAAUAUGAAUACAUUAAAUAAUAAUAAUUCAGUACAAGAUAUAAAUAAGGAAUAUAAAUCUUAUGAAGAUGAUCAAUUUGAAUAUGAAAUUGAAGAUGAGGAAGAAUAUUCAAAUGAUGAUGAUUUUAAUGAAAAAAAAGAAGAAGAUAAAAAAAUAUAUGAAAGUAAAUUGGAUGAAAAUGAUAUCAAUAUUAUUUUUAAUGAAUAUAAAUAUGAAACAUCUAAAUUAAAAAUAUAUAAUGAAAAUAAAACAAAUUCGAUUAACAUGGGAUUGAUGAUAUUAAUAAGGAAAAAUAAUGUCCAUACAAAUACUUUUGUCAAUAUGCAUCAUCAUAAUAAUAAUGAUAUAGAAAAAUCUAUAAAUAAUAAAAACCAAGAUUCUACAAAUAGUAUGAAUUACAAUGAAAUAUUAUCUGAUAAAGAAUAUAAUAAAAUUAAUGAUACUAAUCAAAUAUAUGAAGAUAUAUAUGUAAAGUCACAUGAUCAAAUAGAUAGAAAGGAAACAGAUAAUUAUGUAUUGAAUGGAUUUAUAAAAUCAAAUUUAGAUUUGUUAAAACCUUUCCAUAUAAAUGACGAAGAUGACACUACUACUACUACUACUAAUAAUAAUAAUUAUAAUAAUAAUAAUAAUUAUAGUAAUUAUAAUAAUUAUAGUAAUAAUAAUAAUUAUAGUAAUAAUUAUAGUAGUAAUAAUAAUAUGAUAAGGUCUGAGUGUCUAGAUAUAUCAAAUAAUACUUGUAUUGAUAUAAAAAGUCCAUAUUUAAAUUUCGUUUUAUUAAAAAAUUAUAUAGAAUCCUUAUUUACACAUAUAAAUUUGAACGAUUAUUUUACUAACAAAUUAUUAAAAUUACUAUAUGAAAUUUUAAUAGAAAAUAAAAAUUCCAUAAUAUAUAACCUAUAUUAUUAUACUAUCUUAAAAGAUGAAAAUAUAAAAAAAGUCACACACAUAUUAUCAAAAAAUGUAAAAAAUAAUUUAAAUAAAGCUAAUACAACUCUUCUUUUAAGAAUAUUUUAUAUUCUGUGCUUUCAAAAAUCCUUUUAUAUUAAUACAGCUAGGCAUUACAAAACAAAUGAAAAAUAUGCAUACUUAUAUAAGAAUAUUGCCAAGUAUAUUCAAGAUAUUAAAGAAGGACAAUUUAUUAAACAAUUACAAAAACAAGAAGAUAUUAUAGAAUGUCUAAAAAAUUUAUCACAUUUUUUUGAAAAUAAAUAUAAAAAUCAAAAUUCCUUUUACAUUUCAGAUGUAAACAAAGAUCAAUAUUUAUAUGAAAAGAAAAUUUUUAAGAAGAAAUUAAAUAAUAUAUAUAAUAGGCAUUUCAUAUGUGAAUAUAAAGAUUUAAUAAUUAUAAGAAAAACAAAUAUUAUUUUAAAAUCAUUAGGUGUUAAUAUGUAUGACCUAUAUAAUGAUAUUAUUUUCCUUGAUAGAGAAAAAAAAACACAUGAAUAUUUAAUGAAAGAAAAUUAUAGUCAAAAAAAUAUAAUCAAUUAUAUAAAUGAUGUAUUUUUUAACAUUCUUAAUAAAUUUAAAAAUUUGUUUACAUAUCAAUAUAAGGAAGAACCGUCUUUAAAUGCCACAACAAAUAAAAAUACUAAUAGUAAUAAUUUGUUCAAUGAAAAUAGAAACCAGACAAAUAAAUUAAAAACAGAUAAUAAUGUUUCAAAAGAUGAUAAUCAAAUAAAAUAUAUGGAGAAUAAAAAUAAUAUCUCUGCAUUAGACAAAAAAUCAGAUCAAAAUGUAAAUAAUAAUAAUAAUAAUAAUAAUAAUAAUAAUAAUAAUCUUAAUAGUAAUAUGAAUAGUCAUAGUAAUAAUUUUAAGAAUAAUAGUGAUUUUAUAUCAUCUUCCAAUGAAGGGCUUGUAAAGAAAGAGAAUAGAACUGUUAUAUAUAACUUAAAUAAUAAAGAAUACAUAAGUUUUGAUAAAUUUAAAAAUAUAGUAAUAGAUUUAAAAAAAAAGAAAAAAAGGAAAUUACGAAUUUUAUGUCUAGAUGGAGGAGGUAUAAGAGGAUUAUUAUCCAUAGAAAUAUUAAAAUAUAUUAAUAGUAAUUUAAAUAAGAAUAUUUUUGAAUAUUUUGAUAUAAUUUGUGGUACAAGUACAGGAGCUAUUAUAUCUAUUUUAAUAGGUUUAGAAAAAGCUCACUUAAAUGAAAUUGAAUUUUUAUAUAAUUUAUUAAUAAAUAAAAUAUUUCAAAAGGAUACAUAUGCUGUAAGAAAUACCAGAUAUUUAUUGAAACAUUCAUAUUAUGAUUCAAAUAUACUAAAUAAUAUAUUAAAUUCUUUUUUUAAAAAUAUUAAAAUGUUUCAUUAUAAUUCUGAUUUUUUUACACCAUAUGUAUUUACUGUAUCUACACAAAUGAAUAUAACGCCUUUGCAACCAGUUAUAUUAAAAAAUUAUAAUGGAAAUUUAUAUAAAAUAAGAGAAACCAAUGUGAUGGAAAACAACAAAAUUAUAAAUUAUAAUAAUGAAAACAAUGAUGAGAAUUAUGAUGAGAACAAUAAUACACCAUAUAAUUAUACUAAUGGUAGUUAUGAUAAUAACGAAAAUGUUACACAAACGAAUAACAGUAUAAAUAGUGUAUAUGAUACAAUAAAUGAUAACAAUUUAGAUAAUAAUAGUAAUAAUGAUAUACAUAUAAAUCAAAAUAUAAGUAAUGUUAGUAUAUAUAAAAGUUUCUAUAACAUAUUUGUUAAAUAUGUAUUAAGAUGUACUACGGCUGCUCCUGGAUUUUUUAAUUUCUUUUCAUUCGAUAAUAAUAUAUAUGCUGAUGGAGCUAUAUGUUUUAAUAACCCAACAUUAUUAAGUUUAAAUGAACUAAAAAUUAUCUUUUAUAAUUAUAUAAAUAGGAAAAAGACAUCUUUUAUGGAUAAAUUAAAAUGUUAUUUUUUUCAUAAAAACAAUUCAAAUGAUAAUGAAAAAAACAAACCAAAAGAUGUUAUUAAUAUGAAUGAUUAUAUUGAUUGUAUUGUAAGUAUUGGUACAGGUAAAUUUAAACCCAAAGUUAUAAAUGAACUAAAUGAAAAUAAAUCAUAUGAUACAUUUUUAAGAUGGGAUGUUUUAUUAAAGCAAAUUGUAUAUUCAAUAACAAAUACAGAACUUACACAUGAUAUAUGUAAUAAUUUAUUAGAUAAAAAUAAAUAUUUUAGAUUUAAUUGCUUUAUUAAUAAUAUUAAAUUAGACGAAACAUCUCCUGAAAUUAUUAUGAAAUUAAAACAAAUUGGAAAAAGAUAUUUUGAAGACCAUAAAUAUAAUCAACAAAAAUUAAUCAGAUUAAUAAAUAUUUUGGAAGAUAAAGAAGAAUUAAAAAAAUAUGAAGAAAAAAAAAGGAAAUAUAUAUGGAAUGAUUUAUAUAAUAAUUCUAUUAAAUCGAAAAUCUCUAAUUUCAUUUUUAAUAAUAACAAAUUGAAUUCUGAUUCUUCUUUUAUGAAUAAUUCUUUCCUAUUAUCUAAAAAUAAUCAUAUAAAUAAUAGCCAAACAGAAAAUCGAAAAGAUUCAUUAAAAAAAAAUCCUUUCAGUGAUACAAAAGAUAAUGAUAACAUUGAUACAAAUAAUAAUAAUAAGAAGAAGAAGUUAAUUCCUCCAUAUUUAAAUUUUAAUUUUAAUCUUAUGGAAGAAGGCGAUAAAUUUGAUCUGAACAAUAUUGAAGAAAUAUUAGAUAUGAUAAAUAAGAAUAAUAAUUCCUUUACUAAAAAUAAUACUUCUUCUUCAACUUCUUCUAGUGGUUUUAUUAAUUAUUUCACCAAGCUAUUUUCUAACAAUAAUUUAUUUCUUGAAAAAUUAGAGAGUGUUAAUAAAAGUAAUAUAUUCAAUAGAAACAAAAAUGAAAAAAAUAAUUAUGUUAAUGUUAUUCCCAACACAGGUAUUAGAAUAUUACUCAACGAAAUAUAUUUUAUACUUUUAAAAAAAAAUCUUUAUUUUCAUACGGAUGAAUAUAAUAACCUUACAUAUAUGAAUAACAAUGAUGAUGAUCUAAAUAUAGACAGAAUGAUAACAUAUGAUAAUAAAAAUGCACCAAAUAUUUCUUCAACAAAGGAUACUGAUACAGAUAUAAAUCUAACAAAUGACAACCUAAAAAAUGAAAAUCAAACAGAGCAAAAUCUAACACAGAAAAAUCAAACAGAGCAAAAUCAAACAGAGCAAAAUCAAACAGAACAAAAUCAAACAGAACAAAAUCAAACAGAACAAAAUCAAACAGAACAAAAACAAACAAAUGAUAAUCAAAGUAAAAAAUCAGAUGAAUAUAUAAAAGAUAAUAAAAACAAAACAAUGGAAGAUGAUCUUAAUUUAAGUUGUAUUACUGACCAUGAAGGAACAGACAAAAAUAUUAAUGAUGGAACAUUUUUUAGUGAGAAUCAAAAUGAUGAACAGAAAAACUAUUCUGAAAGUACACACAAUACAUCAGAUAAUUUAAUUGAUGAUGAACUUAUCCAUUCGGAUAAUACAGUAAAUUUAACAAACAAUCCAAAUAUAAAUAAAAACAGAAACUCAAAAUUUAAAACAGAUAGCAACCAAGGGAAUUAUGAAUUUUUUAAUUCUGAACAUAAUUCGGAUAAUAAAAAAAUUACUAUAUUAGACUUAUUAAGAUGUUUCUUUUUUAAAAAAGAAACAUAA